AUGUCGUACCAUGAAGACAGCAGUUGCUCACCAGAGGAGAUGCCAUCAUACUACGAUGGCAUUGGACCUGACUGGACCGGGGCCCUAACACCUGAAUUCCAAGCCGCAUUUCUGGGUGCAAAUGCCUCCUACUGCACAGAACCAAUAGGCCAACCCAGCAUCCCAACCCCAGUCAGCCUCCCAGACAGCUCCUUCCGCCCAUCUCCCGCCGUGAGCCACCACUCCCAAGAAUAUGGCUCCGAAUACCAAUACGGGCUCCCGACCUCCAUGGCCCCUCACGGCCUCGGAAUCUCCGCAAACUUCCCCCCAGACUUCCCCGUCUCCUCCGCCCAAUCAACCAGCUACGUCUACGCCCCCGACGAGCUCAACGACCUAGACUACCAGCUCGAAUACGGCCUCGGCAAUCCGCCCACCACCAGAUCCACACCCUGCACGUCCCCAGGACCCGCACCAAUCACCGCACAAGCACUAGCACCAGCGCCCAAGCGCAUGAAACGCGCCCCGUCCCAGCAAAAAUCAAAAUCCCACACGCCCUCCCGCGAAACCCCCGUCACCAUCCUCCCGCACCCGGAGGGCAUGGAACGCAUGAAGCGCGAGCGGCUCAACCCGCGGCCCCCACCGCUGGUGCAUCCGCGGCCCCGGGCCCCCGGCCGGGGCCGCAGGGACCCACAGGCUGAGGAGGAGGAUGCGUUUGUGCAGGAGCUGCGGGAGCAGGGGGUUGCGUGGAGGGUUGUGCGCGAGCUGUUUCGCGGCCGCUUUGAUAAGGAUGCGACGGAGGCGAGGCUGCAGAUGCGGUUGACGCGCAGACGGGAAAAACAGAAUACGAAGUGGGAAGAUCACGAUGUCCAGCUUCUUAUUAGGGCUAGUGAGAUGUGGGAGAAGGAGAAGUAUCGGUUUAUUGCGGAGAAGGUCAAAGAGCUCGGCGCUACAAAAGCAUACACCCCGAACCAAUGCAAGCUUCAACUGCGACUUAUUGAGACGGGGCAACACCGUGAAAACGUGGAUAGUGCGGCUUCUUCACCUUCAGCUAUGUCUGAUCCUCCUAAUUCCCCACAACAACCCCAACCACCACCGCCUCCACCUCCACCUCCACCACCCGCAGCGAUACCGACAUCACGAAAGCGAGCACGGCCCCAAUCACUGGAGCCUGAAUGA